GAAAGGUGAGAGAGCAGCCUACUGGCACUGCCAUGGAGAUUGAACUUAGCGAAACUCCCGGUUACCAGAGUCUCUGCCUUUUCUUACAAUCAGCCUUUUCUUACUGCAUGCUUCCUAUGGAUAAAUCAACAUAUCCACUUCUGAAAACUGGCUAAUUUGCUGCCUGUUUAAUCCAUAUAUUGUGUGCACUGCUUGAACCCUCUGCACUGCUGCAACCUUUUAUAAUUUACCUGCAUCACUGAUCCUUUUAAAAGAGCAGAAGGUUCUUUUGGUUGUUCCUGCUGAGUAAACACCCUAAGGAUCUGUCCAUCUGACGACUACCCGAGGAUCACAGACCUUAUCAAAAGACACCAGGAAGAGAUUCACAGGAAGCAAGGUGUUACCCCAUACUCAUAAUCCUGAAACCACUGGGGAGCAGAGAUGUGCUCACAACUGGAAACUGCCGCCCCUGGGAUACAAAUUGAAUGCAGCAUACAAGCAUCUAACAAAGGGUAUAGCUCCACCAGCUCUCAAUACUGGUGAGUGGUCUAAUGGAGAAUGACCGGUCAGAUAAACACUCAGAAGAGCUCAACUCCCUCCCCUGUAUCCCACCCACGUUUAGCGAUCAAAACUCCAAGUGAAACAGAGCUAGAAUCUGCAGAGAACUGCGGCAGCAGAGCACUGUCUGUGUGUGAUGACACGUCCUCUGAGCUGCAAAGAGUUAUAUCCCAGGAUAAUGGGGAUGUUGUGUCCCAUUCAUCCUUUAGAGGAAGAGGAGCUUUGUCCAGGAUUGUACGUUUUGUGGUGGUUCUUCGGGACUGGGCCCACAGAAGCUUACGUGACCAGGAUCAAAGACCAGACUCAUUUCUUGACAGAUUCCGAGGACCUGAAGUACAAGCCAAUGACAAACAGCCUGCAAAGGAUGAAAAAGAGCAAGACAAAGUAGAGCAGGACAAGAAAAAGAAUGACAGGAAAGUCUGUGAACUGUUUGUAGUGGAUCCAUCAGGGAAGUGGUACUAUCGUUGGUUACUUGUCAUUACACUUCCUGUGCUGUACAACUGGUUCCUGCUGGUCGUCAGGGCUUGCUUCGAUGAUCUACAAACAAGUUAUGUUGCUCUCUGGUUUACAUUGGACUACAUCUGUGAUGUCAUAUACAUUGCUGACAUCGUUAUCCGUUUCCGUACAGGUUUCCUGGAGCAGGGUCUCCUAGUUAGAGACCCCAAGACUCUAAGCAAUAAUUAUAUUCGCACCUUGCAGUUCAAAUUGGAUAUUAUCUCCAUACUACCAACUGACUUAGGUUACUUUGCUGUUGGCAUCCAUCGACCAGAGCUACGAUUCAACCGUCUGCUGCACUUCCCACGAAUGUUUGAGUGCUUUGAUCAGACAGAGACCAGAACCAGCUACCCUAACAUCUUCCGAAUCUUCAACCUAGUCCUCUAUAUUCUUCUUAUCAUACACUGGAAUGGCUGCAUUUACUAUGCAUUCUCAAAGGCAAUUGGAUUCGGAGCUGACUCCUGGGUUUACCCCAAUCUAACCGAUCCAAAACAUGGUUAUCUUGCUCGUGAGUAUGUCUACUGCCUGUACUGGUCCACACUGACUCUUACCACAAUUGGGGACACCCCACAACCUAUGACAGACACUGAAUACCUUUUUGUUAUCUUUGAUUUUCUUGUGGGUGUUCUUAUUUUUGCCACUAUUGUAGGAAACGUUGGGUCCAUGAUCUCUAAUAUGAAUGCUACAAGGACUGAGUUUCAAUCUAAAAUCGAUGCUAUUAAGCACUACAUGCAGUUCCGUCGUGUCAGUAAAGAUUUAGAGGCUAAGGUUAUCCUUUGGUUCGAUUACUUGUGGACAAACAAAAAGACAGUGGAUGAAAGGGAGGUUCUAAAGAACCUUCCAGACAAGCUGAGAGCAGAAAUUGCAAUAAAUGUCCAUCUGGAUACACUAAAGAAGGUGCGGAUAUUUCAGAACUGUGAAGCUGGUCUUUUGGUGGAGUUAGUUUUAAAGCUACGACCUCAAGUCUUUAGCCCUGGAGACUAUAUCUGUCGGAAAGGGGACAUUGGCCGGGAGAUGUACAUCAUUAAGGAAGGAAAGCUGGCUGUAGUGGGAGAGGAUGGCAUUACUCAUUAUGCUGUUUUGACUUCGGGAAGUUGUUUUGGAGAGAUCAGUAUCCUCAAUAUUGAAGGAAGUAAAAUGGGAAACAGAAGAACAGCCAGUAUCCGUAGCAUUGGCUAUUCUGAUCUAUUUUGCCUUUCCAAGGACGAUCUGAUGGAGGCAUUGGUGGAAUACCCUGAUGCCAAAAAAAUCCUGGAGGAAAGAGGCAGGGAAAUCCUCAUUAAAGAGGGUCUACUGGAUGAGACGAAGGAGAAAAUUUCAGUCAAAGGAAAAUCAUCUGAGGAGAGGCUGGAACUUGUAGAGUCCAACCUAGAUAUUUUACACACCCGCUUUGCUCGAUUGCUAAGAGAGUACAGUAAUGCACAACAGACUCUCAAACAGAGGGUCACUCUGUUAGAAUUAAAGCUUAGAGAUAUUCAUGGAGGCGAGGUCUCCUCAGAUGGUCAGGAAAGUGCAGAUGAGGGGAAAUGUUAGAGAUGUCAAUUUAAACAGACACAUGCAUCUUUCAAUUCCAACAUAGAAAUUGUCUUAAACAUUCAACAAUAACUCUUUAAUAUUCUAAAAAUCCACCAAACCUUCUGAAGAACUUAUAUAUUUAGUCCACUUAUAACAAAGAAAGACAGAUAUAUAGCCAGAACUAAUAUAAUGUGUAAAUCUAUUCAACAUAAAUAUUUACAAACCCACUACUGGGGGCUAAAGGGUCAAACACACUACCUCUAUUUGAGCCUUGAUUCCUUUUUUACAGUGCUAACCAUCAAACCCUACUAUUUUUUUCUCUUAAUUUAGCAUAAAAUAUCAGUCAUUAAUGGGAACACUAACUGGUCACCUUAGCAGAUCCCUGUGCAAGCUUAUGUAACCGCAUCUCCCGAUCCAGUGUUUAAGUUGUUAAUUUAGCAGCUUCAGAAGAUACAGUAUAUGAGAGGAUAUGUGGUGUGGACCACACUGCAAACCUGGCUGGUUAAAAUUUUCAUAGUUGCAUAAAGCACACAUAUGAUUGCCCUAACUUAUUAGUUAGCUUAACCUAUUUAAGCAUUUCCUCCUGAACAGGCUAAUUGCUCACUGGUUGCUUUUGGCCAGUCAAAUUUUUUAGUGAAAAGAACCCCAACUUGGACAUGAAAAUGCAUUCUUAUAACUUGGUUGCCCAUCCUGAAUAUAACUGUUUCUUGAAAGUGGUAACUGUAGUGUUGCUUUACUGCACUACAUACUGAUAUUAUGUACAGGAAAGACAUUAUGUACAGAAGUAGUAGAAGCCGACAAGAUGCCAAAGACUUUAGUGCCUGGUGCACUUGGCAAGAACUCUAAGAAGAUGAUAAUGCCCAUCACAGCAGCAGAUAUUACUGGGGAAUGCAAGAAUUUACAGGUAAAUAAAUAUUAGAAUCAAUAAAGAUUAUAACCCAUGCCAA